GCCAUUCGCUUUCUCGUCGUCGCGGAAAUGCUCGUCGUCCCCCUUUCUCCGAGCUCACCCCUCUCCUUCCUCCCUGUCCCGAACCCCCGCCCUUUUGUCGUCUCCCCUCUUCGCCGCUACUGCCUCCACAAACACCACAAGCGCCGGCAAUGCCGCGGUGGCAGUGGCCUACCACUCCACCUCCUCCACGCCGUCGCCAGGAGGCGAACGGGCAUCGUGAUCGACGUCGACGAGGUGAAUGAUAUCGGCGACCGUGACCUCCCCGUGGACGUGUCAUUCACUCGGAGGCUCCCGCCGGCGCUCACCCUCGUUGACGGCAUUGCCGCACUGCGGCGGGCCGCCGAGGAGGUGAAGGCCAGCCCGCCUGCCGCCGGGAGCGGCGUGAUCCGGUUCGAGGUACUUGUUCCACCCAGUACGAAGGCACUCAAAUGGUUAUGCUCUCAGUUUAGGAGAUCAUCAUUGUUCCCUCAGUUCUAUCUAUCAAGGAAGCUAAGCUCCAAUCCGUCAGUUCAACUUGAAAUAUCUGGUGUUGGUUCUGCACUUUACUUGCAUGGUUCCUCUUCUCAAGUAAAAGAUGGAUAUGAUAUGAUAUCAAGAUACAUUUCAUUUGAUUCAGAUUUGAUGGGAGCUUAUGGAGCAGUUGGCAUGAAGUAUAACGAGGAAUUAUUGUCAAUAGAGGAGAAAGCUGGUUCAUUUUACUUCUUUAUUCCUCAGGUUGAGUUGACCGAAUUUGUUGGCUAUUCUGUGCUAUCAUCAACUAUGGUUUGGGAUCAUUUUGUAUCUCAUACAUUUGAGGAUUCGGUUUGUUUGUUUGAAUCUUGUUUCAAUCAGGUAUGUGGUAGCUAUGAUUCUGCAGCUAGCAGCUGUUAUGAAGGCAUGAUGACGAAUUACAUUGGAGAAUCACAUUUGUUAGAGACUGUGAAUGCUCAGUUGGUAUACUUGGAUGGCGAAGUUCUUGUCAAAGUAGAUGCUGAAAUCAGCAUGCAAAAGGAGAAAUUUCUGAUGUCCGAGCAGUCAUUUAUUCGCUUUUCACCACACUUCUUAUUUUCUGCAAACAUGGACCUACGCUCAGAAAGCAACAAAACCGAAUCUUCUAUUAAGAGCUGCUCUAACAUUAAUUCGGCAUGGGCAUCCCUUAUAGUUGAAGAGUGUGUCAGGCUUGGUUUCACGUACUUUUGUAUAGCUCCAGGGUCAAGGUCAUCCCCACUUGCACUUUCUGCCACAGGCCACCCUUUGACAACUUGCAUAUCAUGUUAUGAUGAACGUUCACUUGGAUUUCAUGCUCUUGGCUAUGGGAGAGGUUCUAGAAAGCCUGCAAUAGUAAUUACAUCAUCAGGAACUGCUGUAUCAAAUCUUCUCCCUUCGGUGGUGGAGGCGAGUCAAGAUUUCGUACCAGUUAUCUUGCUCACAGCUGAUCGUCCUCCCGAGCUGCAUGAUACUGGAGCCAACCAAGCGAUUAAUCAGAUUGGAAGCCGGAUUACUAGCAAACGCAUGGAAAUGUUUCUCGAGUCCUGCUUCCCAUCUUCAUACAUCUUGAUUGAUACACAUCCGUGCCGCCAUGAUCCUUCACAUGUUGUCACUCACAGAAUCCAGACUAGUGUAGCUGACUUUGCUGCUAGUUUAUGCCAAUGUAAUUUAGAAAGGAAGACAAGCAGAUGGAAGGAUAUUUUGAUGGUUCUAAAUUCAGCGGUUUCACAGGAAAUAAUGUUUCAUGUACAUGCGGAAUUCUCGCUUACAGAACCAUAUGUUGCACAUGUAAUUGGAGAGGCACUUUAUGGUGAUGCUGCCAUGUUUGUUGGGAAUAGCAUGGUCAUUCGAGACUUGAACAUGUUUGGGAAGGGCUGGCUUGACCAUACCACCAACGGAGAUAACAUGAUGAUGCAUAAUAUUCCAGAUUUUAUUGGUGCAACAGUGUCUGGGAACCGAGGAGCAAGUGGUAUUGAUGGUUUGCUUAGCACAGCGAUCGGAUUCGCUGUUGGGUCAAACAAGCAUGUAUGCUGUGUGGUUGGUGAUGUAUCUUUUCUUCAUGAUACGAACGGAUUGUCACUUCUCAACCAAAGGGCCCAGAGGAAACCCAUGACAGUGAUUGUAAUCAACAACCAUGGUGGUGCAAUCUUCAGCCUUCUACCAGUUGCAAAAACAGCUUCGCCCCAAAUUUUGCAGAAAUACUUCUACACCUCACAUGACAUAUCGAUUUCUAAACUCUGUGAUGCACACAGAGUGAAGCAUUUUUUGGUUCAAACAAAAGCAGAACUUCAUGAUACAUUGGUGAAGACCCAUGCAGAACACCUUGAUUGUGUGGUGGAAGUAGAGAACCAGAUUGAUGAGAAUGCCAACUUUCAUAGAACUAUAAGUAUGUUCGUUGAUAAUACUGCAACCCACUAUCUGGAUUAUCUUCUCGGGGAUCCGUAUUCUAGCACUACGAGUGAUUUAGAUCGCAUGUACAAAACGAAAAUUCAUGCAAUAGAGUACAUGUUGUACAGAAUCCAGCUUUCUGCGCCUCGUACUUCAGGAAUUUCAGAUAGCAGUUGUUUCCAUGAAGGCUUCAUUCUGAAGCUACGUAUGGAUGACAACAUUGUAGGAUUUGGUGAGGUUGCACCAAUCGAAAUUCACCAGGAGGAUAUAAUAGAUGUUGAAGAGCAACUUAGGUUUCUGUUUCACAGAGUGAAAGAUUGUGAGCUAGAUGUUGUUCCUUUGUUGAGAGGGUCUUUCUCCAAUUGGAUAUGGACAAACAUUGGGAUUCCUCCUUCUUCUGUAUUUCCAAGUGUCAAGUGUGGCCUGGAGAUGGCCAUUCUUAAUUUGCUGGCGUCACAGCGGAAAUGUAGAUUAUCUGAAAUUCUCACUGGUUCCAACCCCUUACUAAGAGAUCAGAGUCUGGUGGAAUAUAAUCAGAACAGUUCUGCAGGCAUACAUAUCUGUGCACUCUUAGACUCCGACGGUACUCCGAUGGAGGUAGCACUUGCUGUGACUAAACUUGUUGAUGAAGGCUUUACCACAGUGAAACUGAAGGUUGGACGUCGUGCAAGUCCCGUUGAAGAUGCAGCUGUUAUUCAAAAAAUAAGAGAGGUUGUAGGAUAUAAGAUCAAUAUCCGUGCCGAUGCAAAUCGAAAAUGGACAUACAAGCAAGCAAUUGAAUUUGGAUCCAGAGUAAAAAGCCUUUGUUUGCAAUACAUUGAGGAACCAGUGAGCUCUGUACAUGAUCUCAUCAAGUUCUGUGAAAACAGUGGUUUGCCUGUUGCUUUGGACGAGAGUAUCGACAACCUUAAGGGGGAUCCAAUCCAAAAGCUUCAUCAAUUUGUACAUCCAGGGAUAGUUGCUGUUGUUAUAAAACCCAGUGUUGUUGGCGGCUUUGAGAAUGCAGCUCAUAUAGCAAAGUGGGCUCACAUGCAUGAUAAGAUGGCUAUCAUCAGUAGUGCGUACGAGAGUUCUGUAGGUUUGGCGACCUACAUACAGUUUGCAUAUUAUGUUGACAGGCAACAUGACCUAAUCUCCAGACUAAAGAGAUAUGAUUCAUGUGGAACUGUGGCUCAUGGGUUUGGAACAUAUCAAUGGUUAACAGAAGAUGUAUCAGAACAAAAGUUAAAAAUUCUUGUUCCCCCGCUUGGUGAUGGAAUGGGAGCUUCAGUGGAAAAUGCCCAUGGCUAUCUCCACCACUUAAAUAUAAAUGAUGAGAAGAUUGAAAAAACAUAUAGUGAAGAAAAACUAAACUCAUAUUCUAUCCAAGUCGACGGGGAUCAUUUUUCUUAUGUAGUUAAGGUUCAAGAGGCUGGUGAUUGUACAAAUGAUAAGGUCGUUCUUUUUCUUCAUGGAUUUCUUGGCACAAGUGAGGACUGGACUCCCAUGAUGAAAGCUCUCUCUCCCAGUGCACGGGUCAUCGCCGUUGAUCUUCCUGGCCAUGGAGAGUCCCAAAUUCUGCAGCACGAUGAUGAAAAUUUCAAUCAAAUCUCUCUUACAAUUCAAUCAGUUGCAGACUUGUUGCUGAAGUUGAUAUGCAAUAUAACCGAUGGAGAGGUGGUUGUUGUUGGCUACUCAAUGGGUGCAAGGAUUGCACUCCAGAUGAUACUAAAUGAAAAUCUAAAGAUUAGUGGAGCUGUUUUGAUAUCGGGGAGUCCUGGAUUGAGACAUGAAGCAAGUAGAAGACGACGUACUGCUAUUGAUAAAUCACGAGCUCAAUUCCUGUUGACUUAUGGACUGGAAUGUUUUAUCAAGACAUGGUACUCUGGAAAAAUGUGGACCAGUCUAAGAGAACACCCACAGUUUGAUUCCCUAGUGAGGACACGCAGAAAACACAGUAACAUCACGGAUCUAUCUAAGGUUCUGGCUGACUCGAGCAUAGGGAGACAAAAGUCCCUGUGGGAAGACCUGAAACACUUGGAGAAGCCUGUCCUCAUCAUUGCAGGUGAGAAGGACGUAAAAUUUAAAGAGAUAGCAGAGCGAAUGUGCAGCGAGACAAGAGAGUACGGUGAACGUGAAGCUGAUUGUCGUAGCAAUCAGGAGCUAUGUGAAAUGAUCGUUGUCCCGGAAAGUGGCCAUGCUGUGCAUGUUGAGAAUCCUCUCCCCUUAGUUAGAGCCCUGAGGAAGUUCUUGGUAAGGCUACACCAGCCUUAACGCUUUAGUAUCCGGGAUUACAAAGCAAUAGAGUCUGAGAAAUUUUUGAACUACCAGCUUGGCA